UUUUUUAUAUAUCCUCAUAAAACAUAUUGCUUUGAUCGUCUCCUAUCGACUUGUCCUUCAUAGCCUCGUAGGUAAAAAAGUAACGUCAUAAUUCAUAAAUCAUAUUAUACUAAAUCGUCUCGGUCUCUGUGUGCGGGUAAAAUAUUUUGAAAUAACUUGGAAGUAAUCAUGGCGACUGCAGAGCGUGUAAAACAAGAUAUGCCUCCAAAAGGUGGAUAUCGGAAGAUCAAUUUUGCUCGAGUGUUUCCUAAACCAUUUGCCAGUAGUAGAGCAAUGGUUGGUACAUAUAUAGUUUGCACUGGAGUUGGCUGGUACUUAUACCUUUUAAAUGACCGAUUAGUUGAUAAAUAUCAAGUUGAAUCACGUAGCUCACUGAUUGCUAUAACACCACUAUUAGAUGCCGAAGCUGACAGAGAAUAUCUAAAACAAUUAAGAAAAAAUCGUGAAACCGAAGAAAAAUUGAUGAAAAAUGUCAAAGGAUGGAAAACAGGUACUUUAUAUGGUGAGCCUGUAUACAAAACAGUAGAUAAGAAUGAACUCAUUGAACCUGGUUUAAAUGAGUAUUAUGUACAUGCUCCUGAUAAAGUAUUAUAUGACCGAGUAUACUGGCACAAAUAUCUAUAAACACGUAUGUGUGCAAUUUCUACAAGAAUGAGAGUCAUUAAAAUAUUUGUCGUCUUACAUGUGUUUAGAUUCAAUAAAACAGUGUAAUUUUUUUUUUUUUUUAGUAACAUAAAAAUAGAAAUAAUAAUUUAUGAUUGUUACAUAUUUUUAUUCGUUUAAAAUAUCUAAUUGGUAAAAAUUGAGGUUAAAAUAACAAAAUUAGUGUUUUUUUAAACUAAAUUGUUAUCCUAUAUUCAAUUAAAAUAAUAGAACCUUUGUACCAUGUCAAAAGUAAAUUUGUAUCAAAUUUAUAAAAAUACCUAUAAAUGAAUUCUUAAAAAAAUUAAAACAAACUUAUUUGUAUUAUGUAUUUUUAAAGGUUUGCUAACAUACAGUAUAUUGCUUCUAUUUAUAGUGAAUUGUUCAGACAAAUAUUUUUAAGGUUUUCAAUAGGCAUUAUUCUUUUACCUACAGCAUUUUUUCUUUUGAAAAGUAUGUUUUGGUUGAAGAUAUUAUUAUUAAUUUGAUAAUAUAAAUCUAUAAACACAUGAUUAAUAACUGCUGUAGUUGUAACAAUAAUAAAAAAAAUUAUAUCGUAA